AUGAACAAUCCAAAAGCAAUGAAAAAUAGAAAUAUAGGAAAAUGUGACUUUGUUAAAAAAGAAAAUAAAAAUACCAAUCAAUCAAUGAAUUUAAAAAAUCAAACAAUUGUAGAUGAUAAAAUUAAUAAAUACAAAAAAAAUAAAAAUGAGAGAGGUUAUUCUUUUGAAGGAUUUAAUGAAAAUUUUCAUAAUGAUAACAAAGAUAUAAAAAAAAACAGUGAAAAAAGUAAUAACAAUAAUAAUCAAAAAGAAAGCUAUGUAAAUUGGAAUAGUAAAAGCACAGAAAAUUUUAACAAAUUAUUACAAAAUAAAUUUAAAAAUAAGAGUAACAUAUCUUUUUUAAAUAGAAAUUUAAUAAACUAUAAGGAAAAUAGAAAUAGUAAUGAUAAUAAUAGUAAAUCUUUUCAAAAUUUUAGGAAAUUACCAUAUAAUAAAAUAGAAAAAAAAAAUGAUAUGAGUUACACAAAAAAUAUAAACAUAAAUAACAAUAAAAAGGAAAUAAAUAAAAGUGCAAAUAUAAAUAAUAAAAAAAAUUUAUGUACAAAAAAUAAUAAUUCAGUGGAAAUUUCGAAAAAUUUUUAUUUUUGUAAUAAUCCCAAAUUAUCUAAUAGUGAAUGCAAGAUUACUGAAGAUGAAAAUGAUAUUAAAAAAAGGAAUGUUUUAAGAGAUAAUCUUGGAAAAAAUGAAGAGAAUAUAAAUAAUCUCAAAAUGAUUGAUAUAGAAAAAAAAGAAGAAAAUAUGAACAAUUAUGAAAUAGAAAGAAUGAGUAACAAAAGUGUUAAAAAUUAUAAAAUUAAUAAAAAAAAGGAGCAAAAUAUUAAAAAUAAUGAUAUAGAAAAAAGAGAUGAUGAUAAAAAAAAAUAUGAAUUAAAAAAAGAGGAUGAAAAUGAUAAACAUUGUGAAAUAAAUAAUAAAAUGAAAGGUGGAAAUGUUGAAAACAAUAAUAACAAUUCAAACGUUGUCAUUAGCACAGUUAGUACAAGUAGUACAAUGACUAAUUUAUUCGGAAAAAAUGAAGAUAUAAAUGAUAAAUAUAAUAAUGAAAAGUCAAAUAAUAAAAAUGUGAUUAUAAAUAAAAAUGAUAAUCAUAGAAAUUUUACUACAUAUAAUAAAAAUGCAUCUUAUAAAAAAGAUUACAGGAAUAAUAAAAUUAAUUCAAAUUCACAUAAAGUUAAUAGUAAUUACAAAAAUAGUGAUAUUAAUAAAAAAAAUGAAUUCAAAAAAAAUGACAUUUAUAAAAAUGAUGAUAUUCAUAAAAAUAGUGACUUUUGUAAAUAUAACAAUAUAAAUGAUUAUAAUAAUUGUGAUAAUUUCAAAAAUAACUAUAAUUAUAAAAGUAAUGAAAAAUUUAAAAAUAUAGAAUAUUACAAAAUGAAUAAUAUUAAUAAUUAUAAAAAUAUUAAUAAUGGUAAUUAUAAAAAUAAUGAUAGUCAUAAAAAUAGAGAAAAUUUAAAAAAUAAUAACAUGAAUAAUUGCAGGAAUAACAUUAAUGGUUUAUAUAAAAAUGUUGAUAAUCCAAAUAAUGAUAAUUCUAAAAAUAAUGAUAAUAUGCAAAAUUAUGAUAAUUUCAAAAAUAAUGACAGUUAUAUUGAUGUUAUGAAAAACAUUGACAAUUGUAAAAAUAAUAAUUUUAAAAUUACGUAUUGUAUUAACAAUGAUAAUAAUUAUUAUAAAAAUAAUAAUCACAAUGAUAUUAACAGUAAUGUGGAUAAUUAUUAUAAAAAAAAUAAUAAUGAUAAUUAUUUUUAUAGAAAUAAUUAUAAUUACGAACAGUAUGAUGAAAUUGGAAAUUAUAGAAGUAUGAAUUUGAAAAAUAAUUUUAAAAAUAAAAAUGAAUUAUCUAAUGUAAAAAAAAUAGAUGUAAAAUAUAAUAAUGGGGAAAGUUAUAUAAGAAAAUAUAAUAAUGAUAACAAUUAUUUUAAAAAAAAUGAUAAUAUGAAUAACAAUUUUAAUAAAAAAGAUUUAUAUAUAUUUAAGAACAAUAGUAACAAUAAUUACAAAAGUGGGAUUAUGAAUGUUAUAACAAAUAAUAAAGAAUCAAAUGAUUAUGAAAAAGAAAAUAAUUCAAAAAAUAAUUUAAAUGAUUUAACACCUGAAAAUGUAUAUGAAAGUUGCACAAAUAUUUUAGAAAGGCAACUUGAAAAAACACAUAAUAUUACUACUACAUCCAUUUCAACUUAUAACAUUAAUGAUGAUAAUAUCAAUAUUUGUAAUGAAUAUAAUAAUAAUAAUAAUUAUAAUAAUGAUAGUGUUAAUAACAAUAUUAAUGAUAAUAUCAAUAAUUAUGUUAAUAAAAAUAAUGGUGAUAUUAAUAACAAUGUUAACAAUAAUAAUCAUAGCAAAAAUGAUGAUGAUAUCAAUAACCAUGUUAACAAUAAUAAUCACAAUAAUAAUUAUGAUCAUAUUAAUAAUAAUGGUAAUGAUAUUGAUAAUAAUAAAGAUGAUAUUAAUAGUUCAAUUAAUAAUAAUGAUGAUAAUAAUAAUAGUAAAGAUAAUAAUAUUGUCAAUAAUAAUAAUGAUAUUGAUAAUAAAGAUAAUAUUAAUAAUACUAGUAAUGAUGAUUAUAAUAUUAACUACCAUAUUAAUAAAGACUCUAUUAAUAAUAAUUCUAAUAAUGAUGAUUAUAAUAAUAACAAUUAUAUUAAUAAUAAUGUUAAUAAUGAAAACUAUUAUAUUAAUAAUAAUAAAACUAUCAAUAGUAAUAACGUAGUAGGUGAUAAUAAUAGAAUUAAUAAUUCUGAUUUUAAAUUUUUAAAAAAAACAAAUAAAAAAAAAGAAUACGACGUUGAUGAACAUUUAAAUGAACAAGAAAGAAAAGACAUUGAUAUUUAUACAGAAAACUGUAUAGAUGGAAAAAAAAAAUAUAUGAAAAAUGAUGAAUUUUUAGAGAAAGAUAAUUUUUCCGAAAAUAUAAAUGCAAUAAAUGGUGAAAAGCAUAAAAAUUAUGAAAAUAAUUUUGCAACAAAUCAUGAAAAGUUGAAAAAUGAUGAAUAUUAUUAUACAAAGAGAAAUGAAGAUAAUUUAAUAAAAAAUGGUGACAAUAAUAACAUAUCAAAAAUGAAUAAAAAUAAUUUUAUAAAAAAUUCUGAAGAUAUAAAAAACCAUUUAGGAGAAGGAAAAGAUGAAAAUAGUGAUGAAAAUUGUAACUCUUUUAAUUUUAAAGAAUUUAGAAAAUGGAUUACUAGUAGAUAUAACAAGCUAUUGGAAGCAUAUAUAGAUCAAGAGAAUAGAAAAAAAAAUAACAACGAAAUAUUUGAAGAUGAAAUUAAAAUGUAUAAACUAAACUCAAAUAAUAAUAAUGAUGAUAACAUUUUAGAAGAUAAUAUUAUAAUGGAAAUGGAUGAUAUUUCAGAAAAAAAUGAUAAUAGUUCUAUUAUAUUUAAUCAAGACAAUUUAAAUUUUCCUAAUAAUUUAACUUCAUCAAAUGAUUACAUGUUAAAUAAUGAAAAUAAAAGUAGAUUCUCAAAUUUAAUAAUUAAAAACAAUUAUACUGGUACCACAAAUGACGUUUAUAAUAAUACAAAAAAUAACUAUAUAUUAAAUUCAGAAAAUUCAACAUUAUCAUAUAAUAAUACUUAUAAUGAAGAAGAUAAGUAUCAUAUUAAUAAUAAUAAUUGUCGUUUAAAUAAUCAAAACAAUUCAUUAACUUCAUUUCAGAAAAAUAGUUCAAAUUCCAAAGGAACUUCAACAAAUUUUUCAACCAAUAGGAAAAAUGAUAAUUCCAAGAAGGGAGAUUAUUCAAAUGCACACUUAAAUACUUCUAUUAAAAAUACAAAUAACAAUUGUAAAAAUAAUCAAAAUCCAGAAAAAACAAAUAAUCAUAAUUUUAAUAAAAAGGAAUUAUUCUAUGAAAGAAAUACAAUGGAACAACAAUUAGAUAAUAAUCAUGCUAUAAAUAAAAAACUAAUUAAGUAUCAAAUGAAUAAUCAAUUAUUUUCUAAAAAAAAAUAUCAAAAUGCAGAACAAAAAAAUGAUUACAUAAAAAAUGAAAUGAAAAAUCAACUAGGUUAUAAAUCAAAUAGACAUUUAGUAAGUCAUUUAAACAAUCAACCAAAUAAUAGGGUUACUAAACUAAUAAAUGAACAAUUUAAUAAAAUAAAUAAUUCGAAUGAUAUGAAUGAAAAGUUUUAUUCAACUAAACAAAAAAUAAUUAAUAAUCCAUUAUCUAGAAAUAAUUCAGAGUUUCAAUUUUUAUACAAUUCAAAUAAAAAUAUGAAUAAUAAAAAACAAAAUGCAACUUACUUAUCUUCACAGAACGAAGUAAACAAAAAGAUACAGCAUGAAUAA